UCCUAAUAAGAUCAAGUAUUUACCUGAGCGAGCCUGCGGUAUGGAAAGCAGUAAACGGUACAAUCCAUAUGUGAAAGUCCUUCCAGACGAGGAAAUUGUGAUCUCUGGUAUUUCAGGACGGUUUCCCAAUUCUGAUAAUAUGAAACAACUAGAAGAAAAUCUUUUGAAUAAAAUGGACCUAGGUUCCGAUGAUUGUCGACGAUGGAGUAAUGGUAAUAUACAACUACUAUUCGCAUAAAAUUUCAAAAGUGAAAA